CGCGAGCGAGAAAAGCCUGGCUGAUUCCGCUUACUACCGCGUGCGCCUAUAAUGCGUGUGUAUAUGUGUAGUGUGUACAUGCUGCCUACACAUGCGACUUCGCCGCAUCACGUCAGUCGAUCAGCGGAGAAAGGAGAGCCAAGAAGUCGUCUGUGCUUGCGUGAUAUUUUUGUGCUGUUCCCGUGUGAUUGUAAAAAACUUCAAAAAAGUUCAUUCUGCAGUAUAUAGUAGAUCUGACUCGCAUACAUCUUUGCGAUCGAUCGAGCAAGGACAACGAGUCUCUCAACUUUCUUUAGCUACGCCGAGCAUAUCGCCUAGAUACAGAGAGCUGUACACCCAACGAGAUCCAGUGGAAGUGUAUUUACCGGCCGAACUCGCAAAAGCACGCGCUCACGCGCGCGCAGGAAAAUCGCAGUCUCGCCGAGUGAGAUAACAGCAAACUCUGGCAUAGUAAUCAGCUGAGAAAGAUCGGUCAACAAAUGACGACGACAACGGACGACGACGUUCUGAUGUCGAGACAUUGAGAAAUACACUUGGCAAAUUUCGCUGAGAGAACAAAUGACCGGACAGGAUGAAUUCUUUGAAACUACCGCAACUGCAACUAAGCUCCUCUCGCACUAAGUGGGGUCUAAUACUUCUGUUAAUUGGGGUGCUCGCGCCAACCGCAAGCUCGUUAUACAAUGUCGGUGUUGGUAUUGCGGACACGACCGGACCCGUGGCCGAAGUUGUCUUUAUGGGCUAUGCUCAAAUGGGUCAAAAAGGCUCGGGAGUUCACUUACGCACAUUCGCCAGAUCAUUCAUCAUCGAUGAUGAUGUACAAAGGUUUGUCUUCGUUUCCGUUGACAGCGCUAUGGUGGGUCACGGAGCAAAAAAUGCGGUGAUUCGUAACUUGGAAGCAAUUUACGGCAAUUUAUACCGCGAAGACAAUGUCAUGAUCAGUGCCACACACACUCAUUCUAGUCCAGGAGGUUUUAUGAUGGAUGUUCUUUUUGAUAUUUCUACGUAUGGUUUUAUCAAGGAAUCGUUUACAGCCCUAGUCAAUGGCAUAACAAAGAGUAUACAAAGAGCGCACGACUCCAUUGUGCCCGGUAAAAUAUUUAUAACUCACGGCGAGGUGUUGGAAGCCAACAUCAACAGAAGCCCCUUCGCUUACCUCAAUAAUCCCAAAGAAGAAAGAGACAAAUACAAAUACGAUGUUGACAAGGGCUUGACGCAGAUGCAAUUCAUCGCAGCGACCGGAGAGCCGCUUGGCGUUAUUAACUGGUUCGCCGUUCAUCCGACUAGUAUGAAUAAUACAAACCAUCUAGUAUCGAGCGAUAACGUCGGUUACGCAUCGGUUCUCUUUGAAAAGAGAAUGAACAAAAAUGCUUUGGUCGGCAAGGGCAAAUUUGUCGCUGCUUUCGCAUCUACGAACUUGGGGGAUGUGUCACCAAACACACGCGGACCUAAAUGUGAAUUCUCAGGAAAGGCUUGUUCCGACAAGUACACUUGUCCAGGCAAGAAAGAGAUGUGCUUCGCAUCUGGACCUGGAAAAGACAUGUUUGACAGUACGAAAAUUAUUGCAAACAAAAUCUUCGACGAAGCAUGGAGGCUAUGGAUAGGAGACAAAACCGACCAGGUGCAAGGACCCGUGCGAAUCGUCCAUCGUUUUGUCGAUAUGCCAAAGCAGUCGGCUAGCUUCUAUAAUACUACUAGUCGAAAAAUAGAAAAGGUUCACGGAUGCCUUCCAGCCAUGGGUUACAGUUUCGCCGCCGGUACUACGGAUGGCCCAGGAUCAUUCGCCUUCGAGCAAGGAACUACAACGUCUAAUCCAAUGUGGAAUCUGGUGCGAAACUUUUUGGCAAAACCAACGGACGAGGAUGUGCGCUGCCACGAACCUAAGCCAAUUCUUUUGGCAACUGGUCGCAUGACGUUACCGUACCAGUGGCAACCCCAGAUCGUUUCGACGCAGCUCGUCCUCAUUGGCAAUGUCGUGCUCGCCGGUGUACCAGGCGAAUUUACGACUAUGUCCGGCAGACGACUUCGGGAGAUGGUGAAAUUCACCGUGAAUGAAACGGAUCCGAGCAUCAAAAACGUUAACGUCAUAGUAGCCGGUCUUUGUAAUACCUACAGCGAUUACAUUACAACGCCGGAGGAAUAUCAAAUCCAACGAUACGAAGGAGCUUCAACAAUUUUCGGACCCCAUACUUUGACUAUUUACCUUGAGCAGUAUCGCGAUCUUGCCAAACAUGCAGUUCUCGGAAAACCUGUCGAUGCCGGACCAACUCCCGUGGAUUUAUCGAAAAACAGAUUAAUAAGUUUGAUGCCUCCUGUGAUCUACGACGCGCCCAAAUGGGGCAGAGAGUUCGGCGAAUGCAUUCAAAAAGCGCAACUUGUGGCUCGUCCUGGUGACGUCGUUGACGUAAAAUUCAUUUCAGGUCAUCCAAGAAAUAAUUUCAUGACCGGAAGUAGUUACUUGGCCGUUGAAAAAUUAGAAGCAGAUGAAACAUGGACUGUUGUAGCAACCGAUGCGGAUUGGGAAACGAAAUUCAUAUGGGAGAGAACCUCGUCGCUUUUGGGGUCCAGUCAAGUUACCGUGAAAUGGGAAGUUCCAGAAACAGUUGUACCUGGAGAGUACAGAAUCAGACACAAUGGUUACUACCGUUACAUACUCGGUGGUGUAUAUCCUUACGAAGGGGUCUCCAAUCAUUUUCAAGUUAAACCUGACGUAUACUAUUAGAACAAAGCGACGUUUCAAAAAUGGCAAUCGAUGAAGCUAAAAUAUUUGCCAUUGGAAAGUUUUUGUUCCAUAUUUUCUUGCCAAAACGAUUAUUCAAUUAUUGUAAGUUCAAAUAGUUCCAUGUGAAGACGCUUGUAAAAAGCAUUCGAUGAAAAUAAUCACUUUUUAUUUGCAUUAAAUAAAUGAAACUCAGUAAUUGAGAUAUUAAAGUAUAACUAUGAACUAUGAAUAAGAGUGAAAUGCAUUUGUAUCUGUUUAAUAUUCUUUAAAGUAAACUCAACUGCCGUAAAAAUGAUUUACUGAGAUUAAGAAUUUAUGAAGUGUAAAGUUAUGUUUAUACUAUUUGGGUUGUACGAAAAAAUAUGUAAACUUUACUACAUAGUAAUAUAAGUGUGAUACGAAAUAUUUUGACGAACUGUUUGUAUAUGAACUAUAAUAUAUACCAAAACAUUAA